CGUCGUCUGUAGUGGCAUAAUCAUCUGACGUUUCCGUCGAAAACUUUUUUGUUUGUAUUUACCGGAGCAGGUGCGAAGACGGCCUCUCGUGAAGGAUUAUAUUAAAGAUGUUCAUAGGAAGAUAGCAUCAGACAAAAUGAAUAAAAAUAUGAAUUCACCGUCUAAGCUUACGGAGUUCGCCCCGUUAAGCCCCGAAGAGAGUCAACCUGUCGUUGCUUCCUUAUUUUCCAAGUUCUUCAACUUCACUAGAAGUGCUCAAAACGUUGAUGAUUCUACAGUGUCUUCUAGUAAUGAGAAACAAAGCUCCUCUGAUUCAGAGUCAUGGAAACAAUCUGAAAGCACAGAGGAAACACCGGAGGAUGAUAGCUCUAGCGUAAUGAACUUUCCAUUAGAUACUCACGAAGGCAGAAGUUUACCGAAUGUCUUGAAACGUAUUAGUAACAUUGUAGCUCAGAAAAGUAAUAACUUACGCUCUUACAAAGACUCUCAAUUAAGAAGCUAUUGGAUGCCAGACAGUGUAAGCAAGCAAUGCUACGAAUGUGGAGAAAGAUUUACAACAUUUCGCAGAAGACAUCACUGUCGUGUUUGUGGUCAAAUAUUUUGUUCAAAGUGUUGCUCUGAUCAGAUCACUGGAAAAAUCAUGGGAUGCACUGGGGAUCUUAGAGUUUGUACAUAUUGUUGCAAAGUAGUUUUAUCCUAUUUACAAUCGUCGGAUAUGAGGAGCGAUCUGUCAGCAGAUUUAAAAGCAUUGCAGGAAGACCUUCAAGUUAAAUAUGGAAGCGAUCCACCACCUACUACACAAAAAUGUGAGAAUGAAACUGUAGAGGAUGAAACUUCUAUCUGUAGAAAACCAAGCGUGGGAUACAUGGAAGAAAAAUAUGCUACAGGAAGAUCAGCAAAUAGUUACUUAACGUCUCAGGAGCGUUCUCUAGCCUUACAAAACUCAGCUUCUUUAAGAAUGGUUUACGAAGAGUUAUUUAGAUCGAGCCAAGCGAUUCUUUUACAAACGCACAGAAUUAGACUGAAAAGUUAUCACAACUGCUUUUUAGCUAGCGAAUUAGUGAAUUGGAUGAUAGCACAAAAUAAAGCAGCUACUCGUGUGCAGGCUACUGCUAUAGGGCAGGCAUUGCUAGAAGCAGGUUUUAUCGAACCAGUCAUUGCCGACAACGUGUUUAGCGAUACAACAUCUAUAUUCAAACCAGUCAAAUUAUCUCAUAUACAAAGUAUAGACUUGAGUGAAACUCAAACUACAUGCGACGCACAAGAACCUGCAUGGGUGAAAACAAUUCCACAGCAUGAUUCGACAACUGAUUCUGAAAGUGAAACAAAACCUUCGAAUUCGGUGCAACAAACUACUGGGCGUUUACCAUCAUCUAGUUCAAGUUUUUAUUUAGAUUUAAAUUUAGAAUCGUCUACCGUUACGUUAAAAAGACCUACAUCGGAGGAUUUAACUACGAUUUCUGUAGAUAGUAGCGAUGGUGUAAUCGAACAAAAGGAAGCCACAGUAACAUCACAUACAUGUAAUUUUAAAAUUGCUGAUGAUCUUCUGAACGACACACUACAGGUACAAGAAUUUAAAGAAAGAAAUGGUUGGCACAAACCGUCAAACCUUAGAACUGUAUUAGGCGAACUACAUGCGUACGAGUGUUUAACAUCCGCGUAUAAGCAACACGAAGAUUCGUUAAUUAAGCAACUUCUUAAUAAAGAAGGCUUGUCGCAAACUUGGUCAGAAAUAAUACUUCCUAUUGCCCAUCAAAUUGUCGACUUUGUUAGGCCAGACUUAAAUCAUAAUGUCGAUGAUCUGGAUAUUCGACAAUAUGUUCAAAUAAAAAAAUGUCCAGGCGGUAAUAGAGACGACUGUGAGAUCGUAUCCGGUGUCGUUUGCACCAAAAACGUUGCCCACAGGGGAAUGAAUGCGAUGAUAGCUCAUCCAAAAAUACUGUUACUUCAGUGUGGGCUUAUGUAUCAACGCGUCGAAGGAAAACUAUUGAGCUUAGAACCAGUAAUGUUACAAGAGAAUCAGUAUUUAGGUCACACAGUUGCUAGGAUUACCGCUCUUGGUCCAGAUGUUGUACUCGUACAUCGAUCUGUAUCGAGAUUAGCACAGGACAGACUCAGAGAAUGUGGCGUAACACUUGUUUUGAAUGUAAAACUUAGUGUUUUGGAAAGAGUCGCACGAUGCACGGGUGCUAAUAUUGUCAAUACCAUCGACGCGCACAUACGUGUAAGGUAUAUGCUCGGUACAUGCAAAAAGUUUUACUUGCGAAAUUUCUCAUGCGAAAAAAAUGGAGUUAAAACAUUGAUGUAUUUCGAGGGAUGUGCAAAUCCACAUCUGGGGUCUACGAUCUUAUUACGAGGCGGUCCUCAAGCAGAAUUGAAGAAAGUGAAAAAUGUCACUUCGAUGAUGAUUUUCGCUGCUUACUCAUGGCGUCUUGAAAAGUCAUUUCUUAUGGAUGAAUUUGCAAGGCCGCCGUCUCCCAAAGACAAUUCAUUUUUGGAUGAAACAUCGAAUAAAGAUUCUACAGAUUUUGAAGAAACUAAUAAAGUAUUGCACGCCAAAACAAGCGAAGAAAACGAUCCGGGAGAUUGUGGAGAUAGCAUGGAAAUUUUGAGAGUAUCAAAAGUUCAAACAGAUUCUGGAAGUACAUCGAGCGAUAAGCAAAGCAUAGAACUGGAGUUUCCAGCUAAUAGAAGUACACCUCUGAAAGAUAAACUAACAGAUCAAACUUACUAUACCGAAAAUAGGUUAAGUUCGAACUCGGUUAAACAAAUAUCCUCCAUGUUAACCGAAGAUUCCGAUCCUUACGACACUUUAAAAUUAUUCAAGUCUAAAACUAAGUCUUCCGUGAUUGAUUCAAGAAGUUCCGAGAAUUGUUCAACGAGUAAAACAUCUAAUAGUAACGAUAGUCUAAAUAGUACUUCUGGACUUGGUACAGACUGCAGCAAAGAUCAAAAUAGCACCAUGGAAUUGUUUAGCGGUAAAGGUAGUGAAAAGGCAAACAAAGAAAUUGAAGAAGAAACGGAGAAGCCAAAAGUAAAAGAUAAAGUCCCUUCAGAGGAGAAACGUAUUUACGGAGAAUCUAUUAGCGAUCAGAGCGAUCCUCUGCAUCAGUAUUUAAACGAAGAUGAUGAAGACGUUUUCAAUCGAACUAGUCCAAACGGUCAGCAUUUAAGCGUCGCUGAUUUACCACUAUUAAAUAAAUUUAAGAAAGCGCUGGAGGGAACUAUACUAACUGUCUCGCCUUAUUUAAAGUUUUCCAUACCGUACUUGGAAACCGAAACAGGUAGGAAUUGCGUGUUGCGAAGUUUCUUUCCGAGGGAAAUCUACUAUUCUGACCAAUUCUUGGACAAAGUGAAAGAGGUUAAAACGAGCAGCGCGUCCGUAGAUCAGAGCGGGAUAGAAAAUCCAUUGAUGAAGUUAAAACUAAAGCCUCGGCAUCCGUUUGUUCAAGCAAGGUUAACCACGGAUGUAGACAGUCGUGAAGUACAAACUUUAUUAGCGAAUUUUAGAGCGUGUGGCAGCCGACUAUACCCAACGAAUAACGUUUUAUCGGAGAAACAACAAAUUCUAAUGCAGACUGAAGUUAACGAUCAAACGCCUACGUGGCCUGAUUGUUUAGAUCCAGCUAGUCAUCAGCGCCUAUCUGUGUCGUUUUGCAGCUUUUCGCAUACUGGUAACGAUACACCAGCGUUCUGCGUGAAUCCGUGGGUCGUUAAUAUGGAUUUGUAUGGAAGAAACGACAUAGCGCUCGGACGUUUUUUAGAACGUUACUGCUUAACGUCCGAGUACAAGUGUCCAGCUCAGGCCUGUCGAGCACAAAUUGCUCAUCACGUUCGACGAUUCGCUCACGACGGUGGGUGCAUACAUAUCAAUUUAAAUGAAAUGAACUCCGAGCCGUUCGCCCAAGAAGACACGAAUCAAAUUCUGAUGUGGAGCAAAUGCAUGAGAUGUAAAAGCGUUUCUCCCGUAGUACCGAUGUCAGACGACACCUGGUCGCUGUCCUUUGCCAAAUACUUGGAAUUACGUUUCCACGGGAGUGCUUACGUCAGACGUGGCACGGACACUUGUCAGCAUUUGCUUCAUCACGAUCAUUAUCAAUACUUCACCAAGAAAAACAUGCUGGCCGUGUUCAAGUAUACGAAGAUAUCGCAAUGGGAGAUUUCCCUGCCGCCGCCUCUGAUAAACAUUAUCUACGAUCCGAAACAACACGCAGACGUGAUCGAAGAGAUGAAGAGCUUGGCGUUAAAGGGCGACGAAGUUUUUUCUAUGAUACGAGAGAAGAUAACGACUUUGCAAAUGGAUAUGGAUAGCGUAAACGCUGCCAAGCAGCAAUUAACCAAAGAUCAGCAGUAUUUCAAGAACAAAAUAGAUGAGAUUCAACUGAAAUUAACGUCGCCGACAUUAGAAAAUAAGAAGCUCGAAGGGAAGGUGUCGGAGAAACAGGUCCAAGCUUUAAUGUUCAGAAUCGAAGACGGGAUUGUGAUACUAAAACGAUUGAUAUCGGAAGUUGUGUUCACAUGGAACGUGAAGAUUUUAGAAAUGUCCGUGAAAAAGAAGGACGAACGACCACGACGGUUUACCGAACGAUCGUUAACGGCUGGAAGCAACAGUAUCAUCGACACGGAUGGGUAUAUCACAGAAGAUACCGCAUCGGAAUCUCAAAUCGAAGAUUUGAGCCCUAUGUCGGCGGAUUACAAUGCCAUCGACGCUAUCACAGCUGCGCAAAAUGAUAUACAAGGGACGGAAGGCGUAGAAAGUUCAGACAACGAAAUCUUAGAAUAUAAUAAUCCUGAGGACAUCGUCGUCAUUCAGGGAUCCCCGAGAAUGCAUCAGAGGUCGCAUUCCGACGUGUUGCCCCUCACUGUGGAAGAUAUGCCGGAUAAGAAAAAAAAGAAGAAAACUAUUUUAUCGCAAUUAUUGCCUUCCGUCCCUGUAACACAACCGAUACCGAAUCCUUUGGGAUCUUUGGAGCAUCAUUUGUUACCUCUUGGAUCGGUCGUACCGAUAGUGGUGUUCGAAUCGGAACCUUCAUCUAUAAUUGCACACGCGCUGGACUCGCACGACUAUAAACACGCGUUACACGAGUUAAUGCGAACGACGAAGGGGCCAGAUUUGAAUCCUAGCCCAUUGAACAAGCGCAAAUUCCCCGAAAAUAAAGAGAGUCUUCCCGACCUGAUGCAAUCCGGAGAAUUUAAGCGUCCGUCCGUUUUAUCGUUUUUCAGAGGGAAUAGCCCGAACCCAGCGAGUCCCAUAGACUCCGAUAAGGGUGUCUCGAAUAUGGAUUUCAGUGCUCAAAGUCUGGCAACGACGUCAGAGCCGACAGACGAAGAUAAGAAAGCUACGAAGCAGCAAAAUUAUAUCGAGGUUCAGUUUAACGACGCGACCACCAAUUUCUAUUGUAGAAUAUAUUAUGCUGCGCAGUUCGCUGCUCUCAGAGACAGCGUUUUAACGUUCGGAGAGGAUGGAUUCACAAGGAGCAUGAGUCGAAGCGUGCAAUGGGCCGCGAGGGGUGGAAAGAGUGGGAGCGCUUUUUGUAAAAGUCGAGACGACAGGUUCAUCAUAAAAGAGAUGUCUAGAAUAGAGAUGCAAAUAUUUCUCGAUUUUGCACCAAAUUACUUUUCGUAUAUGGAGAAAUGUCAACAAACUAAACAACCGACAUUGUUAGGAAAGAUAGUCGGUGUUUACAGAGUAUCGUUUAAAAAUAAUACGACAAAUGCCGCGCUUCGCACUAGCGUGCUUGUGAUGGAGAAUUUAUUUUAUAAUAGAACGAUAACGGACAAAUUCGAUUUGAAAGGUUCGGUGAGAAAUCGGCUAGUAAAUCCCGUCGACACGUGUCACGAAGGAGAACUAGUGCUGCUCGAUGAAAAUUUAUUGAACAUGAGCUGCGAUUCGCCCCUAUACAUUAGAUCGCAUUCUAAAGCAGUUUUAAACAGAGCCAUUGAACAAGACACGAAGUUCCUGGCUGAUAAUUCUGUAAUGGAUUAUUCGUUGCUGGUUGGUUUGGAGCCAAAUUCCGAUGAACUCGUAUUAGGUAUAAUCGAUUACAUACGAACAUUCACAUGGGACAAGAAAUUAGAAACGAUGGUAAAAAAAUCAGGCAUAUUGGGUGGUCAAGGAAAAUUACCAACGAUAAUAUCACCAGAAGAAUAUCGAGCCCGUUUCAUAGCAGCUAUGCAUCGAUACUUCUUACCUGUACCGGACAGAUGGUCCGGUUUAGGUAAAGGUGUUGAAACGUAAAAGACAUAAUUUCCGAAAAAUGAAAUUUUCAAUUUUUCACAGAUAUUCUAUACCGAAAACAUUGUACAUAUAUUUUCUAUGCAAUUGACUCACACGUAGCGAACAGUGUUGCGUAUAGAGAUACGUACUGUAUAUUAAUAUUUUAUGAAAUUACCAGUAGAUUGCAGCAUUUUGUAACGAAGUGAUGAAAAUAAGUUAACUUUGUCAUGUCGCGACGUUCCAUUGUAUAGUUUCAAUCCUUUAAUUUAUGCUACGAUAAAUAUUUAAAUCACGUCAUUUCUGUUUAUACUCAUCAACACAUUAAUUGUUGUAUUACAUGUAUAUACUAAGUUUAUAAUAAACUUUACAAACAAA